AUUCAAUUCAUUCAACUCUCCAUAUCAUUCUUUUCAAAGCAACCCCAACUAAUAGAAGCUUGCGAUCGUCCAAAUUGUGCGCUGUACAAACCAAAUCAUAGCAAGAUGAAGUCCACUCUGUUUCUACUACUCCUUCCCGCUCUAUCGUGGGGCUUUCUCAUGCCAUCACCCGCCAUGCAACGAACCACCAUCAAGGUGUUUGAAACGAGCGAGAACAAUCCCACCGAAAGAACAACAACAAAGGCAUCAUCAUCUGCAGAAGAAACCGUGGCAAAACAGAUCAAGGAGACUCUAGAGUCCACCAAUCCUGCCGAUCUUUUUGAGGAGAAAAAUGAAGAGGAGGAAGAAGAAGGAGAAUCAUGGGAAUAUCAGAUCUUUAACCCCAACAUGUUCUGGACCGAACGAAGUGGCCGAUUCCCUACAACUCAUUAGUAGCUAGCUGGCUACUAGACCAACACUUCUUUCCACUAUCCAAGAAACUUUAUCCAUACCAUGCACACAUCACAACAAAACAACCAAACAGAAAUACCACACAACACCAAGUAUUAUCGAAAAGGAAGGGUUCAUCAGGAAAUGCAGGCAACUGAACAGAUAGAUUGGAACUCAUUUAGGCAGAGCUUUCCACAAGCUUUUGCACGAGGAAUUGUAAUGGUUGGGAUGAGGAUCCAACUACUAACAAGCUACUAGUAGGCAACUCCAUCACCCACAACAGCAUUCAAUAGCAAGCUGCCACCAAACUAGAUACAGUACUCAUUAAUAGCUACCAGUAGCCUUACUAGCCCUCUGAGGGGAGUUGUAGAGCCUUGAAGGUAGGCAAUGAUACGAAGGCCAUCAAGCUGUUCUAUCGAUGCGUGGCGCUAAUAAGUGACGCUUGCAGCUUGACAUGUAUGUUCGCUCCCAUGGGCUUGCUUGAAUCGAUCAGGGGUGAUGGGGAUGAGACUGAAGGAAAAAGAUGGAGGACCAAUCACUUUGCAUUCGACAACAACUUACAAUUUACUGGCAUCAACACUAUUGAAGAUACGGAAAUGAACACCAACAUGACAAUGAUGAUGCAGCACGACAUAGCAAUGAUGGCAGACAACCCAACUAUGGUAUUCAACAAUGGUUCUCCUCGAACCAAGCAACAAUGGCCUCCUUGACAUUCAGAUUGUGUACUGCAAUACACUCUCAACCAGAGCUUCCCCUGGUACAUGGAAUUUGGCAGCAACUUGCUGGAGGCAAUGUCUAAGAACCUUCAUCAUUGCUUCUUUCAGUAUGACUUCUGUACCAUCAGUAUAUUGAGACUUGCUACCGUUGCUCGAGGACAGACCCAAUGGUGUCUUGUCGUCCUUUUCAGACUUGAUGAAGAGAGCUUCUGGGAAAGCAUCUACGAGAGCUUCCACGGCUUCAGUUUUUCUACCAUCGCAAGGAUACCAGCAGACCCGAUGCAAUGGUAAAUCUCUUUGAGGGUUCCUGGUCUUGACAGACUCUGGGUACUUGCUCAUCAGAAAGCGAACGACGUGCACAUUUCCAAAGCGGUUCCCUGGCCCAAAGCAAUCAUGCAAAAGAAGUAUGUGGCCGACCUUUGGGGCAGUGUUGUCUCCAAUACUUCAACUCUUGUACACCGGCUCUGGCACGAAACUUGGACAGGUAGUUCUCCAUAGGCAUUCUUGCAUUGAAGACAAGCGGGCAUGAGUUCCACUGCGCAUCUUAUUUUGGCCUCAUUUGCGGUGUCGUAAUAUGCUUCGCAGAGAUCGUGGAUAGGCAGCUUCCCGAGAUUGUUUCGAUUCAAUAGCCCCAGAGGGUAUGUAUUGGCGAGAAAUGAAAAAAGAUUGUCGCUGUGAAAACUGGUCGAAACAAAGUGGAUUGGCAGACUCUGCAUUGCGCGUGUUGUUGUUUUGAUAGCAUCAGGGUAUUGACCAUAGAUAUAUUUGAUAAUUUUAUAUUUUGCAAGUGC